AUAGUUUAGAGGACAAUCUACUUUUUUUACUCAUUAAUAUCAUUGUUUAAGCUUCACGCAUGCAUGUAGCUUCUUUCUUUGCGUUACGGAAAGGAAGACUCAACGCAACACUUUUGGGUCAUCUCCUCCUCAAACAUUCCUUGCUUUCUUCUUCUUCAACCUUGUCGCGUGUGUGUGCAAUAUCUAUUUCAUCACAUAUACAUACACACAAAUAACUCAUAAGGCAAUUUCAUUGUUAUCACCAUCUUCUCCUUCUGAAUCUUCCUAAUCCACUGAUCAUCACCAGAAAAAGCCAGAAACCUGCUCAGCUUCUUCAUAAUGGGCAUUCUUGCAACUAUGGCCAGAAAUAUCGAUUCACUAAUCGGACCUGGAGUCAUGCUUCUGUAUCCUUUAUUCGCAUCAAUCAAAGCAAUUGAGAGUCCCAGUACCUUGGAUGACCAGCAAUGGCUGACCUACUGGGUUCUAUAUUCCUUCAUCGCCCUCUUUGAGCUUACGUGCAAUAAUAUCCUACCCUGGGUUCCGAUAUGGCCAUACCUGAAGCUGGUAUUUGGCCUGUGGCUGGUACUGCCAAAGUUCAACGGGGCAGCUUACAUAUAUGACAAUUUUGUGAGGCACUACACUAAGAAUAUUGCAACCCUUGGAAUCAGUUCCAGCUAUCCUGAACAUCACAAGAAGGUCCUUCAGAUGAUGAGCUUUGAUGCCAGAAAAGGUGUCGAAACUUAUAUACAUCGAUAUGGCCCUGAUGCUUUCGAGAGAGUCAUCAGAACUGCUGAGAAAGAAGCAAGGAAGCACUGAAGAUCAUUUUGAUAAGUUCAUGAUGAGAUAACUAAUAAUUAAUCAGCAAUUCUGUUAAUUAUCAGUAUGUUUUAGUUUUAAUUUAUUUAAUUAGAGGAGAACCAGACUUGAUUAAUUAUUUACUGUAUGUACCUACCUUUCAAGUUAUUUUAACGCAA